CAUCAUAAAUUAGAAAGUUAAGUAAAAUAUUAAAGCCCAUCAAGGAGGAGUCUUCAUUACCUUUAGAAAAAAAAAACACCUCAAAUUUGUCAAUUUGAUUAUUUUUCCCCAUUAAUUCGUCUUCAAAGAGCCCAAAGCCUUCAAUUUCACAAAUUUAUUUGUUAAUUAAUGAUUUUCCAAUGACAACACUUUCCCCUGUAUUCUUCACCACCUCAACCUGUUUUUGCCAUAGACCAACAAUUAUUUUUCUUCCAAAAUCAUCUCAACCCAUCAAAUUUCACUACCUAAAAAGCACAAGAAAUGGUAAUUUUCAUCAAAAUUGCUUGACAAUAGAGCUAUGCGCUUAUAGAAGAAAAGGGUUUUUGCCUGAAGCUAUGAGAAUUACUGAAAAUGGGAUUUUAUGGGGAGAUGAGAAGAAGUUGAGGUUGCAAAAAAGGGUUGUAUUGGUUAAAUUUAAUCAAUUUCCUGAUAAUUUUAAUGGUGGGAGUGGUGGCGGAGGUGAUAAGAGAGAUGAUGGUACAACUGCAAGAGUGUUGGUUAAUCUUGCUUUAGCUGUGGGAUUGACUUAUCUUACUAUGACUGGCCAACUUGGUUGGGUUCUUGAUACUAUUGUAUCCCUUUGGCUGCUGGCAAUAAUUAUACCUGUAGUCGGCUUAGGAGCGUUCCUAUGGUGGGCAGGAAGAGACAUAAUUCAAGACAGUGUAUCUGUAUGGUGUAUAUAUAUGCAGUGUCCAAACUGUGGUAAUGCUUUUCAGGUUUUUAAAUCAACUCUAAAUGAUGAGCCUCAGUUAUGCCCAUAUUGCGCUCAACCCUUCUCAGUGGAGGGGAAUAAGUUUGUCAAAGAACCUAUUAACUUUUCCUCCAAGCGUUCAACUCCAUUUGGACAAAUAUUUGAUGACUUCUCACCUUGGUCUAGAGAAGAAAAGAGUGCUUCAUCAUCUGUAGUUGAUGUUGAAGCCGAAGUGAAAGAUGCAGAAUGAAGCUCACAUAAUUUUGUUCCUGUUUAAAGUAAUCAGGUUUGAUCUUUGGUGUAGCAAAUCCAGUUUUGAAGUUGCAAAUAUAGAAGGGAUGUAGAUAUAUAUACAAUCUUAUUGUCAGGUUACGUGAAUUAAUUAUGUAAUUCAUCAUGUAGUGUAGCUAUUUCUCUAGGAUGAGCUUGAUGAGAAUCGGCCUCACGCUAGAAUGUAAAAGCUUGGCAUACUGCUCCAUGCCACUACUUUUCAUGUAAUGUAACUUACAUUCUAAUAGAAUUGUACAUACAUGCUGUAAUUGUUAUCUUGAAUCCUGUUACAAAAUUUUGUUAGUCA